AUGCAGGUUCUUCCAAUCGAAAUACUGCGUCAUGCGUCUGAGCCGUUCCACAUCGACGACACUACGUCCCUACCAGUGACAGGACUGGACAAUCCGCUUUUGGCAGGUCAGGCUCUGGCAUACUGGGACAUUACCAACCGCAAGCUCGUAGGGCAAUUCCACAUGCAGGCGAUGCCCUUUUCAAUCGUCGACAACACCACAACCUUUGGCGCAUUCUACAAUCCUGGUGCCUGGGCACGCAUGGUAGUGAUCCCGAAGAGCAAUGCUCUUGUCGUAACCUUUUUUGAUUUGGAACAGCACUCGCUAUUUGUCACAUAUUGCAAUAGUCUUUCAAGCGUCAAUUCGCCGUGUGGCCCACCACGAUUGGUCGACGCCCAUGCGUACAACGGAGACUUUACGGACUUUGGCGCCGGUGGGUUUCCGGAACUCCAGCUGGGAUGGAAUGGCUGCCCGGUCUUGGUGUAUUUUGUCCAAUCUUCGCCCCAAAAGGGUUGCCUCCGGGUGAUGCAGUGUCUGGAUGUUUUGUGCGUGCAAUUCCGAGUCUUUGACGUCAGUGGUGGACUUGCCGGACAUGGCCGAGAUGCCUCUGUAACCUUUCCAAGUCGUGGUACUGCCAUUGUGAGCUUUCUAGAUUUGCAGGGUCACGAUGAUGAUCCUUCCUUCAUGCAGGCCAGAGUGGCCGUUUUUGAUGUGCGACAAAACCUGGAUAUGAAAUACAACUCUUGA